AUGAUCGUACAAGACUCAAUCAAUCAAUCCAAACCGUUGAUUCGAUUUCGACUUACUCAACUUGAUGCCGUUAGUCUAUCUCCAGAUGAUUGCUCGUCUCACGCUCUUCGAACAUCUCCAUUCUUGCCAGCGGGACGUCAGCUUAACAAGGUCCCGGUCAUCAGAAUCUUUGGCGCCACUCCUGCCGGUCAACGCGUCUUGGCUCACGUGCAUGGUGCCAUGUCAUAUUUUUACGUUCAAUACGAUGGUCCAAUCGAUCCAGACACCGUGCAUCGAUUCAUUCGUAGGCUUGGUCAUGCCCUCAAUUACGCCACAGCUGCCUCACUCGGUCAAGUCAACUCAAACAAGUCAGCAGAUCGCUCGCGACAUCAAUAUGUAGCAUACAUAGCACUCUGUAAGGGUGUUCCCUUCUACGGAUUUCACGUCGGAUAUCGUUACUUCCUCAAGAUAUAUUGUCUUCAAGCGCGAUUCAAAAAGCGGAUGGCAGAUUUACUCCGAAGUGGCAAAGUUAUCGAUCCAUCAUCUCACUCACCGUAUCAGACUUCGAACAAUCAAAGAGGUUCAUCAGCCCGUGCCGGAUUCAAGGUUUUUGAGGAACAUAUCCCAUUCCAUCUUCAAUUUAUGCUGGAUCACAAUUUAUACGGAUGUGGGAUGAUAGAAUUAUCCGAGUGCAGCUUUCGCCUACCACUCCCUGAUGACCUACCCCAGUCUCCCAAUUCAAACGUCGCGGGUCUCUUUUCAGCCGGCAACGUGCCGACUGACUUAUUGGGUCCACGAAGCUUAACUAAAACCUCUCACUGUACCUUGGAAAUCGAUUGUCAUGUCUCGGCGAUCAUGAACCGGCACAUUGUUCAAGAACGAGCUUUACACGACGAUUUUCAUGAAUUACUCGGUAAUCCCGCUUUUGGAGAUGAAAAACUUGUUCACAGCGUCAAGGAACUCUGGGAAGAUGAACGGAGGAGAAGACAAGCACGAGGUAUGACUGGACCCCACGAAGUAAGCGAGUCUGGCCCCUCGAGCCAAAGGAUCUUUGGUAAGGGUGAACAACCCGAGUGGGCCAUGGAACCUGAUUAUCGACAGCAGAUCAAAGCUCUCGUCGAUCAAGAGCUUCGUAAACGCGGUGAAAGUCGAUUUGAAUCAUUUGUCAAACCGCAAUCUUAUUUAUCAAAUAUGAUCCCAACCACUUUUCAAGCUGUAGAAGCAAUUCACAUGUCUACGUGGAUUCGAGAUGAAACCAACGAGAAUCCUUUCGGUGUAUGGGCGAUCAAUGGCAUCGGGAUCAGUCGCUUGGCUGGAGAGCAAGACUACAAGGAUGAUGCACCAGACGAAGAUAACGACGCGGCUAUGAAUAUUGAGCUCAAAGAGUACGAAGAUGUAGAUCUACCAGACCCGACAGAAAAACCAUCACACCCUCCGUAUCCUGAACCACUCAUCAACUCCAAACGUCAUUCCCACGCUUCCAUUCCUCAGAUUGACAAACCUUCAUUUGAUGAAACUUUGUUGGAAGAUCUUACCUUCAGUGACUUCGCACUCACACCCUCUACUCAGCCUAAUUCGCAGCCGCAACAACAACAACAACAACCGCAACAACUACCUGCCCACACAACACCUAUCUCUUCAUCAAACGAUUUUUCUAUGGAUUCAGCGCGUCGGGCACGGUCAUCUAAACGCCUUAGCAUCGUGCUCACAACCCCUAUUGCACCAAAGAAUCCAUCAAAGUCUUGGUAUCAAUACUCAAUAACACCUCCAGCUUCAAAGGAGUUGCUUCGGACAUUGAUACCAGCAAAAGUGUAUAAAGAUCCAUUCUAUUCAGACCCAAACGAUGUCCCGAAUCGUAAACGCGAAUACGGCGGCAGAUUGUACACAAUUUUAGGAUCUACCCUUCGUUAUUUGCCUGAAUUUACUCAUCAACUUGACUUGAGCUUCAUGGGUGCAGGUGAGAGUGUUUACGGGUCUGGGGAAAGGAAGGCUAGGAUCACGCGCUGGGAAUUCGCGAUUGGUCCUCCUAGGAUCUCGGAGCUGAGACAACAUCAGAUCUUAGAGAAAUCCAAAAGACCCGAAAAUUAUUUGAUGAUCUCUCAGAUUGAAGGCCCUACUCAAAAGAAUGAAGGUUAUAAAUAUACACCCAUCAAGAAGAAGUUGGAAAAUGAAGACCCAGAAUCCCAACAAAUGGAUGUCUUGGCAGUCGAAGUACAUGCAAAGAAUCGAGCGGAUCUGAGACCAGAUCCAGCCCAAGAUCCAAUCGAAGUAGUCUUCUAUUGUUUACAAUCAUCAAGGAGGGUUGAAAGAGGAAAUGGAAGGAGACCAGGAACGUAUGUGGGAAUGAUCGUUGUGAAAGGAGGAAACCACGGCGGUCAGAAAGUCAAAUACGCAUUGAAUGAUUGUUUGAUUGAAGUUGUAGAUACCGAAAUUGAAUUGAUGAAUUUACUAAUCGACAAGGUCAGAGAUUGGGAUCCUGAGGUUUUGACCGGUUUUGAAUUAGAGAGUUGGUCUUGGGGCUAUGUGAUGGGAAGAGGUCGUGAAUUAGACUUUGAUGUUGUACAUGAGUUUGGAAGAGUCAAACACGAGUCUCAUGGUAGAUUUGCGGGCAAGGAUGAUAAAUGGGGUUAUACCCAUGGAUCUUCAAUCAGAGUUAGUGGUCGUCAUGUACUAUCGAUCUGGAGGAUCAUUCGAUCUGAAUUAGCAGUCACACAAUAUACAUUUGAGAACUUGGUUUUUCAUAUCCUACGCAAACGCCUUCCACAUUAUUCAUUUGCGACGUUAGGCAAGUGGUGGAGAUCUGGAUCAAUUGAACGACAAAGGAGAGUUCUGUUGUAUUAUAUGGAUAGAGUCGAACUGGACAUACAUUUAAUGGAUGAGACUGAAAUCAUUUCACGUAAUGCUGAAAUUUCGAGGGUACUGGGGGUUGAUUUUUUCUCAGCUAUAUCCAGAGGGUCACAAUUCAAAGUUGAAUCAGUCUUAUUCAGGAUUGCUAAACCGGAGAAUUAUUUAUUACCGUCACCAAGUCGAGAAGAGGUCGGCCAACAAAACGCAGCAGAAUGUAUCCCAUUGAUUAUGGAACCUCAAUCUGCGUUUUACAAAAGUCCUUUGAUUGUUCUUGAUUUUCAAAGUUUAUAUCCUUCAAUCAUGAUUGCGUAUAAUUAUUGUUAUUCAACUUGUCUUGGAAGAGUUGGAACGUUUAAAGGUACCAGUAAAUUUGGGACUAGCGCUUUGGAUUUGCCGGACGGAUUAUUGAGCUUGUUGAAAGAUCAUCUGAUAGUCUCCCCGAAUGGUUUGAUGUUUGUAAAACCUCAAGUUAGGAAAAGUUUGUUGAGUAAGAUGUUGAGCGAGUUUUUAGACACAAGAGUGAUGAUCAAAGAAAGCAUGAAGGCUGUCAAGGAUGACAAGGGAAUGUGUAAGAUGAUGAACGCGAGACAAUUGGGAUUAAAAUUCAUCGCCAAUGUCACCUACGGUUAUACCAGUGCAUCUUUUUCCGGAAGGAUGCCUUGUGUUGAGAUUGCGGAUGCGAUCGUACAAACAGGUCGAGAAACAUUGGAAAAGUCCAUGGAAUUUAUCCACAGUGUGAAGGAAUGGGAUGCCAAGGUCGUGUAUGGCGAUACUGAUAGCUUGUUCGUCUAUUUACCUGGUCGCACAAAGGAAGAUGCAUUUAGGAUCGGAAAAGAAAUGGCAGAGGCAGUAACAAAACGAAAUCCUGCACCAGUGAAGUUAAAGUUUGAAAAAGUCUAUUUACCAUGUGUGCUGAUGGCAAAGAAGCGGUACGUGGGAGCAAAGUAUGAAUCUUUGGCAGACGCCGAACCUCAUUUCGAAGCAAAGGGGAUCGAAGUCAUCCGACGAGAUGGGAUUCCUGCCUUACAGAAAAUUCAAGAAACUUGCCUCAAGAAACUUUUCAGAACGCAAGAUCUAUCGGAUAUCAAGGCCUACCUUUAUCGUCAAUGGCAAAGACUGUUGCUAGGUAAAGUGUCAAUCCAAGACUUUACAUUUGCAAAAGAAGUCAAGUUGGGAACAUACAGUGAAAAUGUACCGCCACCACCCGGUGCGCUCAUUGCGGCGCGCAAGAUGGCUUCCGACCCUCGCACUGAACCAGCUUAUGCUGAACGAGUGCCCUAUGUGAUUGUCAAAGGCGCUCCUCAGUCUCGUCUUCGCGACAGAGCUGUUCCGCCUGAAGUCGUCUUACAAAACCCGAUUUUGGCACUUGACUCAGAGUAUUAUAUCACACGAGUGUUUAUUCCAUCUUUGGCUAGGAUCUUCAAUCUGAUUGGAGUCGAUAUUGCCAGUUGGUAUGCUUCCAUGCCGAAAUUUGUUCGGAUAUUUAAGCCAAUAAAAGCCGGCCCGACCGGAGAUGCAAAAGAAGCUUCAGAUGUGGCCAAUGAAACUGCACAAAUGAUCUGGCUAAAAUCUAACAUCUUUCAAAUAGCGAGUCGAGGAAUCUUAUUAUGUCAAGCAUGCUGUGAGCAGCCUGAUGGGGUUGCAUAUACUUUGAUGGCUCGCGCACGAGCACGAGAAAAGAAGUUGAGAGAUAUUGAAGGAGCUUGUAGGAUUUGCUCGAACACACCGGCUUUAGAGUCAGUUGAGUGUGACUCCUUGGACUGUGGGAGAAUGUACGAGAGGGUUAAAGCAUCGACUGCAGCGGGUGUGGAGGCAGGCACAGAGGUUUUGGAGACGGUCAAAUGGCUUGAUGGAGUGAGUCACGUGAUUCCUGAGAUGUACCCGCCCAGAUGGACGGAAGCCAGAAAACACCGUGGCACUGAUUCUGAUCUUGGUUUUUGUCUCGUUCCUAGGUUUCAAGGAAGAGGUAUACCGGUACUGCAAAAAGCAAAGAGUUUGAAUGGUGAUCAGUGGCUAGAACUUAUAUCUUGA